CCUGGCGGAGUAAUACGUGUCAUCCUUUUAUGUCAAGGUUGUUGUCCCAAUCAGCAAACCGCCAUAUUUGUUUUCAAAUGUUCAAUUCAGGAAGCGAAGAAAAAUGACUGGAUUAUUAACGCUAUUAGGCCUCUGUGCCGUUUGUUUUACAGUGUCAGUCACUGGUAUCAGUUUCACCAUUAGCAGGGAAAGGGUUUUACUUGGAAGUACUGGUACAUUAACAUUAACAUGUGAUAUCACUGAAACAGAUGUGGAAACUAUAUACAACAUCCAGAUAAAACAAUUAAAAUCUACUACAUUGUCUGGGGAUAAUGACGCUGAUUGGCAAAGAUUAGCAUAUAUGAAACUAUCUGCUAAUGAAAACCCUACAUUAGAUUCAAAUAUUACACCAGGUGACAAAGAUUAUGUUGCUGGAGGAUCGUGGAAUUCUGAAACACCUGCUAGCACAGAUCUUACACUAUCUAUGAACAUGGAGAAGUUAACAUGUGAUGAUGCAAGGACAUAUAGAUGUGAAUUGUCAUAUGAAAAUUCACAGCAAGCUACAGCAACAGUCUUUAGUAAUGCCACUUUCACAGCAUAUGUUAAACCUCAAGUGACAUCAUUAGUUGUAAGAAAGAAUGGUUUUAUAGUAGAAGGAAUGUCACCAUCUAACAUGGCUACUGCGGCGGUAGGAGAUGAGUUGCAACUUACAUGUACUGCUAAUAUAGGAAGCAUACCAGGAACUAUUAUUCGAUGGCACAGAACAUCAGAAACGUCCCAAAAUGAUGACUUUAUUGGAUAUCAAGCACCACAAGGAACAUAUGAUGAGGGUACUGCAAUCAGUGAUAAUCAGUGUGGAUAUACACGAGUAGCUUCAAUCAGAUACAACACAACAGCAGCUGAUGCCAAUAGAGAUAACAAUCUUGCAUUUGACUGUUAUGUUACAGUUACUGGAGAUCCGUAUGGGAACUCUUAUACCUCUGAAAACAACCCAAGGUUCUACACUGAUGUCACUGGUUCAGGUGGUGGUGGAAACACAGGGGAAAAUGUUGGUACAGCAGGAGCUGGACCUAGUAAUGUUGGGGCCAUUGUUGGUGGAGUAAUUGGAGGCCUUGUUGCCGUCGUAUUAAUUGUUGUUCUCGUAUGGUUCUUAUGGUUCCGUCGUCAUGGAAACGGGGCGGAUUAUACAACAAAAGAGGAAUAUGGAUCUUCAAAUCCCAAUAUAGCUCCAGACACUUAUGCAACAGUGGACAAAACAACAAAGAAACGAGGUCAUGAGAACCGAGGUUUAGAUGAGCCACAUGAGAGUAGACGACACUACCAGAACACUCACGGCAAAGCUAAUUACGGAAUGGAUCGUGAGGCUGAUGAUUAUGAUGACUACGAUGAUGAUAGAGACGGAUCACCAAACCCUCAUAGUAUCAAUCACAUGGGAAUUGAGUCGCAUGGCGGCAUUGGUACAGGGGUGUAACUACUAUAAUCCGUGUGAAUGAAGUAUCAUUUGAGAAUGACGGGAAAAACUUACUUUCAGAAACUAUCGCAAAAUAUAAAAUCUGUAACCUUACCACCACAUUCAUACAUUUAUGUAUCAAUUGAGGUUUUUCUCCACAGUAUUUCUGUUCAGACUUAGAUUAAGUCUAUAUAACGAAAGUUGCGUUUUUUUCUUGAAACGAGUUCUGUUUCUUCAUAUUGUUAUAGUGAAAGGAAAGAUCUAAAUAUAGAAGUGUAAAUUGAAGCGUGAUGAUGGUAAAAGCCUGAGGGAAUAUGACAUUGCUGAGGGGCAUUGCAAUCUUCAUGUAAUGUUAGAGGUAUGCCGGAAUACAUUCCAGAAAAUGUGUAGUUUAGAUUACUUUUAUACGUUACAUAUCAAAAAACAUUUUACAUAUCCUUCUAUACAGGUAAUUAUGAAUAUUAGUUGUGUGGUGAUUUUAAGAUUUUUUGUUAGUGAUUAGCCAUUUUACUUUUUAUUUUCACUAGUUAUGAAGAACUUAUUUUUUGUAUGUUUCAAAUGUUGUGUUUAUGUUAAUUUUUAACAAAUUCAUUUAAUACUUUAACCUACAAGGUGAAUCUAUUACUCUUUAUAUUCUCAUAGAAAUCUACCAUUCAGCGAAUUGUGGAAUUGUACGCCUAAGGUCAUCUCCUGAUUUUGACAAUUAUGUAAAAUUUGACGGGUUAUUAUCAUAUCUUUACUUGAAAGCUUCCAGCCUAACCAGGAAUUAUUUAGUAUAGUUAGGUGAACUUUACUCAUUAAUACAAGAAAACAACUUUGAAAUUUAGUUUGUCUUCAAAUAAAAGCUUUUACAUUGAGGAGAAGUUGUUUCAAUGUUGCAAUACCCUUACAAGUUAUGAUGUUAUGUUUGAUGCAAGCUAUAUAGUGAAAAUGAAAUUGUUAAGUAUUGAUAACAUUUCAAAAACCCUGUGGUCAUAUAAUAUUGUAUUUAAGUUAUGUCAAGGUAAAUGCUAGACCUAAUCAUAAUAUAGUUAUAAUUUUGACAAGGAGACUCUACAAAUAUUGUCCUUGUUUUUACACAGUGCCAUGUUUAGUCAUUUCUCCUGAAACUUUCGUUCAUACCAGGUCAGUCUGCUGCAAGCUGGUCAUAAUUCCUUUUAUGUUCAUUUACAUGUGUGUUCAUUUGACAGAAUAAAUUUGCUUGACCUGACAAAGUUAUCUUUCUGUUGAUAUUUUUACAAAUAUCCCAUAAUGCUUUGCAAUCUAUUCUUGUAAGAUUUUUUGGUUUUUCAUUGGCAAGAAUGUGACAUUUUUUCAAAGGUCAAGGUUGAUAUAAUUCAAGGUCAUUGUAUAAUGUUUGUAAAAUAGGUCAUCAUUUUCAAUAUUAAAUAAUAUUUAAGGACAUGAAUGGUGACAUGUCCGGGGUCCAUACUCUUAGUGACUGAAAGAGCAGAUGGACCCUCAUUAAGCAUUGACUACCUACCUACGACCCAUCAUAAGACAGUAUAUGGUGUUGAAAGAGAAUGCUUAUAUAGUUUCUUCAAGGUCAAGGAUGCUUGCCUUUGACGUGAAAGGUUACAGGAACAUGUUUGUUUUAGUGCACAUAGGAAGGUUAAUAUAGAAAUCCAUAACUUUUUAUUGAGAUGCAGAGAAAAUUGUGGUAAAUUGAAAGCACUAAUGUAGUUUCUUUCUUUCAUAAUAUUCAAGGUACUGCAAAAAAUAAUAAAUGUGUUCCCAUUGCAAGUUAGAUAUUUCAUUACUUGUAAUUUCAGGAAAGAUUGGGAGUUGAUGUUCAUUGAUGUGACAUGGGAAGUUAUACAUAUUUUUAUUCGGGUUAAUUACAUAUAUUAAGAUAAGAUUACUGGAGUAGUGUCCCUUUCUCCAGCCAGUAUUUCAGUGUUCUCCAUAACUAACACCAUUAACAUUGUGCAAACCACUGUCUCUAUUUAACCUGCUUCAUUGUAGCAUAGCUUUUCAUUUUAAUUGCUCAUGAUUUUGUAUAUAACUGAACAUUCGCAUCAAAUGGCUUUUUAAUUUUUAUUUUGUACACAUAUCUUUUUUACAUUAUCGUAUGUUUUUAUAUGUAAACUUUCAACGUGACAAAGGGAUGGCUUAGGUGUGCAUACUGUAUUCAUACUUGCUGUAAGAGUGCCUUAAAUCUAUAUCUUCUUGUAAAACUUAAAUGACCUAAAUUUUGUAGCCUAAAUAUAACCAUGCAGUUCCUAUAACCAUAUCUGACAUAAUGGUUAUAUGGUUAAAUGCUUGUAGUCUUGAAGAAAGUUCAUCUCAGAUUUAAACUUCAAUCAGCAUUAAAGAUUUUGUAUAAAAUCUGUAUAAAGCAUAAAUAGCUUUCAGCAUAAAAAAGUUAAAUUAUCAAAUUCUUGCAUAUUAAUGUCUUAAUUUUUUUAUUAUCACAAUCACAAAAUGUUUAGAGUUAAUCGAUGGGCUAUAAUUUUGUUUUAUUAUUUUUAAUUUAGAGAAGGUUUAAGUCUGUUAUGCAGGCAGUAAUAAAACUGUGUCCUUGUAGCUACUGAGUAACCUCCCUUUGUCUUGAAAGUUGUUAUCAUAAUGUAUGUUUUAUUAUUUUAAAUGUUUAAUAGUUACUUUUAUAUUUUUAUGGUUGUGCUAAUUGUGAUAAAAUUUGAUUGCUUGAUUGAUUGAUAAAUUUUGUUGAUUGAUUGAUCAAGAAAUAUUGUUUGAUUUGACACAAAUUUGUAUUGAUAAUGUGCUCAAAACUAUUUCUCUUCUCCUCUUUCUUUUCCACAUUCUUUUAUAAUAUUUCACACAAAAUCAAAUCAUAUAAAUCAAUCAAGUGUUCAGUCACUUGAUUUUGGACAGUCGAGAACAAGGUCAAUUUUUACUGGUACAUUAAAAAUUCAAUUUGACAAAAAUAAAGCAUAUUUAUCAUUAUACUGUUGGCUGGUUCUAGAUGCUUGAUUUUUAUUGCCAUUUUAGAAAAAAUGCUUAGUAAAAUUGUGUCGUAAAUGACCAGGUAUGCAUUUCAUUAAAAUUAAGUCAAAUGAAAUUGAAAGACUGGGUUAUAAAAAUCAAAAUCGGGUACAUAGAAUUUAUACUAUGCAAUUUCAACAAAUUUUACGCUCAUCUAAGCCUAGCUUGCAAAACUGAUUUAAGUCAGUGUCUAAGCAUAUUUGCUCUGUCUAACUUUAAUACAUAGUGGUAUAAUUUGAAGUUUACUUUAAAGCAAGAUGUGCACACCAAUAAAACAGGCCUUAAUAUUUUGUUCAAAUACACUCAGUGCAAAUAGUAAAUAAUUGUCAUAGCAAAUAGAUAAUUUGCUUAUCAGUGUUUAUGAAAUACUAAAGUUAUGUAAUAUAUGAUCAGUUUAUUUAGUUACAAUUGCAUUGUUUCUUUGGCAAUAUUUACCUAGUUGUUAUAUGGUUUGUUGACAAAGGAGAUAAACACAUUUGAUUUACCACCUAAUCAAGUGUUCUAAACAUCAUAGCAAAUUUGUAAAGGUUUAAACCAUGCUUUAUUGCUGUUUAGAGUAAAUAAAUCAUGUAACAGUCGUAUGAAGGUCAGAAAAUGAUUUCUAAGUUUCAAUUUGAUUACCUAUGUGAUGCAUUUUAAAAGGUCUUAAGUCUGUGUUGGAAGUUGUUUUUUGAAACCAAUAUUUAAAAAAAAAACUCCAGAAAUAAUUUAAACAUAACCAUGCAUAACGUUUUUGCAUUUUAUAAUAAUGAAAUCAAAUGAAAUUGAAAGAUUGGGUUAUAAAAAUAAAAAAAUAAGGUUGAUCAGUCUUUUACUAGUAAUUCUAAAAAUAGAUAAAAUUUGGAUGACCUCUCAUUUUUAGAACUUGAUUCUUACAUUACAAACUUGAAUAAAAAUUUUUAUUCUUACAUUAGAUAAUGUACUAAUCAAAUUGGGCUUCCUUUUAUAACCGUGGUCUGCUUUUUGGCCAGGUUGUUGAAAUUCUCUCUCUUUUUCCUACAAGCUCAUUUAGAAAUCCAUAGAUGGUAAGUUUUGGAAAAUAUAAGUGCUAAUUCAGGGAAAAAUACGAUGUUUACUGCCAGGCAGUUUUCCCCUUCAAUUACGAAAUAAUGUGUUUCAUUUACAAUUUGUUUGAUUUUGUAUUAAAUAUUUUAAUUAAGAGUAUUUCAAAAGGGAAUAGACAGAGACUUCAUGUUCUAUUACCAUAUUACUGCAGUUAAGCAUUGUGAAAAUCAGCAUGAACUGAAUCGGAUACAUUUCUCAGAAAAAAACCUUCCAAAUUCUGUAAAUGUUCCUAAAAUGUGGCAUGAGUGAUUGAAUCAUUGUAAAGAAUGGUUUUGUUUGGUGAAAAUUUGUAAAGUAGGAGCUUAUAUUAAGCAAGAAAUUAAUGAACUUAACCAAAAAUUAAUUUAUAAAUCAUGAAAUUUAAUGUUGUGAUCAUUAUUUUUUCAUUUACCAUACAUAUUGGUCAUCAUUAAGAAAAUUGUUCAAGAAUGUAACACUAAAUGACCUACUUAACAAGUCACUUUUGUCUGUGCAUAAUGAAAUUUAGAAUGUUUUUUCUUAAGACUAAAAAGUAUUUAAUCAGAGCUUAAUUUAAAUAUUAAUAUGUAGAUAGUAUUCUUUAAUUUUUGCUUGAUUCUUAACGCUUAUUUGCAGUUGUUACUUCAUGUAUAUAUGUGUAUAUCACAUACAAGAUGCAAAGGUGAACUAAUUGGGUACUAUGAUACCCUUAAUGUAUGAUUUUUCAUACAUAUUAUUUAUUUCUGAAAUUAACAAAUUGUGGAGUAGCCUUUUACAACAUAAACUGUGUAGAGGUGUUUGAAUGUCAUGAAAUUUAUGAAGAAGAAAGAAAAUCGUUAAUUGUUAACUUGGAUACAUUACUCAUUAUAGGUACAUGUAUUUCAAAACUUUACACAGAUAUAAUAGGUUAUCUUUAAUUGGCUUUUCUUUAGUAAAUUGGCAAUUCAUGAUCUUAAUUGUGAAAACACCAAUUUGCUUAUUGUAUUAUGUAAAACAAAAUGUGUCAUAUGUUAAAAUUCAUUCCAUAUAAUCUGGUCAUUAAAGGUUGUUUAAGGAAUACACCUCUAAUAUUUAUUUAUCACUGUUAAUGAAAAAUAUUUAUAUUUUAAUAUCGGAGUAAUAAAAUGAACCUUAAAAAAUAGAAGAAAGGUUCUAGAAUUAUUAUAUUAUAGUUUAAAGAAAUUAACCUGGUUAAAGAUGUGGUUAUUAUAAGUAAAACAGUGUUUGCCAUACACAUCUCCCUCCCUUGUACAUAGUGUUGACCAUUUCUAUUUCAAAUCAUAUUUGUAUAUUUUGUAAAUCUUCUAUGUACAUAGAUCUUUUAGUGAUUUUAUAUAUGUAUAUAUAUCCAAUUUGUAUAUCACCGUAUACAUCUAUAUAACAUAUCAUCUGUGUUGUGAAUAUAUUAGUAAAUACAUAUACAUGUAUUUGUAUGAAAUGAGUUCAUUUAUAAAAUCCCUAAUAUCACUAACCAAAAAAAACAACACGUUUAUGGUUUAUUAAAGGAUUCAAUGCCAUACACCACCAGAUGAGAUGAGCCAAAAAAAAAUUAAGAAAAUCAACCUUGAAAAUAUGUACUUAGAUUUUAAAAGAAGUAAAAGUAUUCACAAUUCAAGAAAUAAUUUACAUACUACAUGUGUAUAUACAAUUGAUAACUGAUUUUGCAGCAUUUAUCACUAUAACCAUGACUAUCGAGUAAGUGCUAUUUUUUGCAUAUUCUGACCUAUUUUUGGUAAUUUUUUCACAGAGUACAAUUUGUAAAUUACUUUCUUUGUUCACUUGACAAGAUUUUACGUUUUAAAACCUAAAAAUAUUGAUAAAAAAUAGCAUGAAUCUGGAGGCAUGCUGCUUUAAAGUCUGUUAUACUUUCUAACUUUUCAACAAAACUGUAUACUUUAAAAACUUUUUUCUAAUAAUAAGUAGUGCUUUAUAUACCAUGGUAGAAAGUUAUUGGUCAGUAAAAUGCUUCUUUAUUAGUAGAAAAUUAUGUAACACAAUUUGUAUACUUUUUAAAUGAUAUUUACAGUUUAAUCUCAGGACUAACUAUUCUAGACUUAAGGAACUCUUAACUUUAAACAAGUCUUUAAAUUAAUUGCAUUAUUGUACAAAUUUGAAUAAGAAAAUAGAAAAAAAGAAUGUACUUUUUUUCUAAAAAAAAUAGAGAGAAAUAGAAUUCCUUUAGAAAGCCCAAAACAGCAAAAUUGAAAAUGUUGCAGGCUCAGUUUGAUUGAGCCUGUUUAGUCAGUACUGGAAAGUGCGUGCUACAUUCAACGCCCCCAUGCACUGGCUUAAGCAGUAUUCAACAAUUUAGCAUCUAAGACCUGUUUUCAAUACCCUCUUUCUGACAUGUACACACGUAUCAUCUCACGAUAAGAAAUGUUUAAGUAUAUUUUUUUUACAAAUAUCGUAAGUCAUUGCUGAGAGUGUCACCUUGACUUGAUAUCAUUAUCAAAUCAUACUUUCUUUAAAUGAUAAUUUCAUGUAAAAUUAUACAUGUAUUACAAAUUUCAUGUAAAAUUGUAUUGUAUAUACAAAUCUAAUUGAUCAAAUCAAGAAUGAAUGUGAUUGUAUGCAAAAAUGAAAUAAAUUUAUUUUAGCACAA